AGUGUGUUCGUGAUCUGGAGCUCACGCGUGUCACUUACCACAGACCAGUCACAGCAGAUUGAUAUUCUCCGAAAGAUUCAUCUCGCCUCAAUCCAUUCAGGAUAGGAUUACGUGUUAAAUCCUGCGCAGGCUUCGGUUCUGUUCCUCUGAAGAUGCCCGCUUGUGGAUCGCAGAUUGGGGACUUUCGUGGAAUUAGACGAGCUAAAGACUGUGUGAUGAUAGCUGAAGCCUUCUUAUGAGGUAAACUUAUCUGUCUGGACCUCCGGCUCCCUCCCAGUGCCAGCAGCAGCAGGACUAAGGGAUGUCACAAGUAUUCCUCCUUCUGACCCUGCUCAGUUUCUCCUCCUGCAUCCAGGUGUCAACUGCUGCAUCCCUCAAAACACUGAUGGCAAGAUGGAUGAUGUAUCGAGAUGAAUGUUUUCGAAAUAUUAGCAGAGAACCGCUGAUGACAGGUCUUGUGUGCAACAGGACAUUUGAUAAGUAUGCCUGCUGGCCGGAUGCACUGCCCAAUACUACAGUGAGUGUGGCCUGCCCCUGGUACCUGCCCUGGCACAAAGAAGUCCGACAUGGCUUUGUGUAUCUGGAGUGUGAUGCAGAUGGACAGUAUAGCAAACAGAAGAACGCCAGCGAAUGUCUAUCACAUGACCCCGCACAAAUCAACAUGCAACACUACGGACGGGUCCUCAGUCAGUUCAGGACCAUGUACACCAUUGGAUAUUCCCUGUCUCUCGGGGCACUGGUGCUGGCAUUGGGCAUCCUGGUAGCCUUUAGGAAGCUGCACUGCAUGAGAAACAACAUCCACAUGAACUUGUUUGCCUCCUUCAUCCUGCGAGCCUCUUCUAUUCUCAUCAAAGAUGCCAUGUUAGAAAGGCCUGAUGACUUCCAUGUUGGUCAGGACUUCACCGCUGAACUGGAGGUGGAGUGGCUGGUUAAAAACGAGACGGCGGUCGGCUGCAGAGUUGCAAUGGUGAUGAUGCAGUACAGUAUACUAGCUAACAACUACUGGCUGCUGGUGGAGGGCAUCUACCUGCACAGCCUUCUGGUCGUGACAGUCUUGACGGAGAGGAAUUACUUCGGCAUCUACCAGUGUAUUGGCUGGGGUGCCCCUCUGAUAUUUGUGUUGCCGUGGGUGAUCGUGAAGUACUUGUAUGAGAAUGAAGAAUGCUGGGUGCAGAAUAUUAACAUGGAGUACUGGUGGAUAAUUCGUUCGCCAAUCCUGCUGGCCGUGUUGAUUAACUUUUUCAUCUUCAUACACAUCAUCAAGAUCCUUGUGUCCAAAUUGAGGGCGCACCAAAUGAGAUACUCUGACUACAAGCUCCGGCUUGCUAAGUCAACCCUCACCCUGAUUCCAUUACUUGGGAUCCAUUCGGUCCUGUUUUCAUUUGUUACUGAUGAGUCUACCUCACAUGGUGCUCUAUCCCUGCGCCUCACAAAGCUCUUCAUCGACCUCUUCUUCAACUCCUUCCAGGGGCUGCUGGUAGCCAUCUUAUAUUGCUUCGUCAACAAGGAGGUUCAGUCUGAGAUUCUGAAGAAAUGGAGACGUUGGAAGCUUGGGAGGGACAUUGAGGAGGAGUACCGUCAUACCUACAGCCAGUCCCUUCAGAUGAAGAGUGGCAGCAUCUUGGUCCCUCCUACCAACCUCUCGCGGCUGCCUGAUAUCGCUACCACUACCUCCCGGCUGGGAAGUCCAGAAGAGAAGCAGAUGUUGGUGUCCAGCAGCCAGAAUGGUAUGGGUACUGGAUUGCAGUUCACCUCCACACCACAAGAUAGUUCCACCUGCAGUUCGAUAACAGAGGACAUAAUCAUGGUGGACAGGGGAAAGUGUUGUAGCGUUCAACAGGGCAAUGCAAAGAGCAACCUGUGAGCGUAAGGAUCUUCAGAUGUCUCACAGAAUAAUACUCGAGCACUCUUGCUGCUUCUGGCUAUGGGUCCUGAAACCUUGACCCUAGCUGGAACAAGAGGAGUGUGUAUGUGUGUUGAUGUGUGAGUUUGUGAGAGCACUGCCUUCUCUGAUGGAGACAUGAUGGGCACCCAUUCGUAACAUCACUUGAUGCUCAGUUGACACUGUCCCAGUCAGGCAGGAUCAGCAGUGAGCAGAAGGUGAACAUACAGUAUGCUAAGAAAGAUUUGCACAAAUGUACAUGCUAAAAAACUCAAUGAUGAAGAACAGAGUCUUACCUCUAGUCUUAUAUACAGUAGUAUGUAAUACAAUAUCUGUGAUGUUGAUGAUUUAGUAAAGAAAACCCACUGGGACUGCAGGGUCCAAUAGGAACAAUCACAAGAAAACAUCUACAACCAGCGCAUCUGGAUGACCGGAAGAUUUAGGAAAAGAUACACUUAACUGAACUUGUCAAAACUUUACUAAACCAGGUAAUGCAUUUCAGAGUGCAUGAGCUCCAUUUAAACUGAAGGAACCCAACAUGUCUCUGUAGAAAAUACCAACUUGGACCAGAAUUUCCAUGCAGGUUUAUGCUAUUGUGGUGCUGAUGGAUCAGCAAAGCCAAAAAUGAGUGAAGCUGAUUAUUCAAGAACAUGUGCUGAUUGAGUAAGCGAAGAAGCCUUGCACACCAGCAUUUUUGUUCACAUACAGUAUAUUUUGGAAUCAACUGACGCUUUUGGGUACAUGUAAUAUUUACAGAUGUUUGUGUGUAAUUUAAUUAAAAGCAUCUUUGUCUUUGUUCAAAAUUAAUUGCCAAGCUAAGGUAUAGAUAUAGACUGAUCAAGUAUUACCCGUGUGCCUUUUUCUGUAGGUCAUAGACUCCAAUAUUGAAACAAAAACACAAAGAUUCUCCAAGCAAAGUAAGUUACCCAGUCUUCAGAGGUGAAAGUUGCUUAAAGCAGAUUCCGCAUAGUGAACAGGGCAUCAGGCACACAUUAGAUGUGGAUGUGCCACUAUUAAUUAUGUUUUUUUGCUCCCUUCAAGGAAAUAUGCUUGGUCAAGCAUGCAAAAUACAGCCCUAAGUGAAAUGCUUCAAAGGGUCUGGGUCAGUUUCUUAAUGGAGUAGCAUGACAGAUCUGAUUCCCCUGUGUCAGUGGUCAGAAGAGAUGACUGUCCACCAGACAUGUUGAUAUGUUCAAGAGUCAGUAUUAGUUAGCAACUAUUUCAUCUCUCGCAUACUUCUCAUCUCCUAAUAGGCAUUCAAAUCUUUGCCAUAGAGCUUUGAAAGAUGUUCAGGAAGUGUAGGAGGAACUGUGAGAACAAGAGCCAGAAAGCGAAGAGAAAAUUUAGAACAAAUUAUAACCUUCAACAUCGAUCAAAAUGAUUCUUCACUCAGAGGAUAUCUGUCAUGCUCAAUUCAAGAUAUGCUAUAAAAAAAUAUGCAACCGCAAGACACUGACAUGAGAUUGCGGUGAAGUAUAGAGGUGAAGUGUGUAAUUUCUGCAACAUUAUUGCAACAAAAUCUGUUUGUUUGAGUGGCCCAGCUGAGCCAUAACAAUAACAAAAGAGUUCGGGGCGAGACCAUAGGGUUUAGGUUUGUCUGGUUAGUAUCUAUAGUUGAGAUGUCGAGCAACUAUACAUUUAAUUUGAAUGAGAAUCCUAACAGAUGGGAUUCCCCAGUUAUUGACAUGAACUUGAUCUGAACUACUGUAAAAUAGAGCAUUUGUUUGUAGAAUUCAUUUUUACAUUUCUGUUUAGUGUCACUAAUGAUGUGUAAAUCACAUACUUCACCUUUAAUGACAAUGAGCAGCUGAUGCCCCAUAUUGUGGCAUUUGUGUGCAUUAUGAUGCACAUUUAUAUUUUCUUUAGGUCAUCAAAUACGUGAUGAUAAUGACGAUAAAUAACGCAGAUAACUAUGUGGGGCAAUUUGCACAAUUCUAAUUUAUAAUUGUUAAAUAUGUAGAUAUAUGUAAAUGCCUAUUGAGAUUUUGUUUUGUGGUGUCUGUUAUUCGUGCACACGGUGUGUAUUCUGCGCUUGCUUUUUGGGGGUAGGGAGAGAAACACUUAGGUCCUGGGUUAGUGUUCAGUUAGCUAAGAAAAGAAACUGCUGGCAUUUUUGUUUUUUUGCAAACAGUCAAGACCAAUUUUGCAUUUUGAGUGAAACCGGCGGAGAUAAUUCAGUCCUUCUGUGCUAAAGGUGAGAUAGUGGUUGCAAUUUUUUUAAUAACUGCAGGUUAAAGACUCUUUAGCGUGCUAAACUUAACAAAAUCCAGUUAGACUUUUUUUUCAAAAGACAGAAAUACUUUAUCGCCACAAGGGAUAAAAGAACAUUAACUUAUUUGUCUACGGUUGCCUACCAAAACAAAACAUCCUGUUGAAUAUUUCAAACAGAUUUUUUUAAAUUUAAAUCAUGUAAUGUUAUCCAAGCAUGAGAGUAAUUGUGAAAGUUGAUAAAUCAUGCAUACAUUGGUCUGCCUUCUAUUUCAAUUGUAGUCUUGUAGCAAAACUGAAGUGAUGCCAAAUUCUUCAGUUAGGGAGGCAAAGCGUCUGUUAUGCUCAUCUCUCUGCAGUCAAGCUUCAGAACCUCUUAGAAUAUCUAGGAAUGAGCUAUAGUAUCCCAGGACCAUGCUUUAGAAGCAGGAGAGAUGGAAAGCUGAAUCUGUGUAACAUUUGACAAAUAGAGCCCAUUAUUGUUUAAGUAUCUGAAUGGUAAUGAUGUUGCAUCAAAGUAUGAUAUGCUCACAAAUUAUAUGGACAUAUUUUUUGGAGCUUGGUAGUAUAUCAUCUGCUUUUCUUGUACAGAAAUGAGCAGCUUUGACAUUCUAAUAUCUCAUUUGAAAUGCCAUGCAAUGGUUUGACAAUGAUACAUUUUUAGUGAACUGUUCCUUUAAAUUUAAUUUGUUGGCAAAAACUCAAACAUGCCACUAUUUCAAGUCAUUAUAUAUUACUAUAUUUUCUCAGGCAGUCCUAGCAAAAAUGUCAUAAAACAUCUUGUUUGCCCCUGAAAUACUUUUCCUUUUGACUGCAGUGGCUUUGGUUGAGUGUAUUGUAUAUUUAUCUAUAAGGAUUCCCCUCAAAUUAUAAUUAUUUUUUUUUAAUUUAUCACAGUGUUUGUGUUUCAUAGUAUACCUCAGCCACAUUGAAAAUGACUGAUGCAAAAUAAUAAUUCUAGAACACUGCCAUUAUAUUCAAAGACCAUGUCUACACUGUGAACAGACAGUGUGGAAGCUUUGCUCAUUUUAAAGGGUACGUUCUAGUUUUGUGUUGUGUCAACGUGUAGCUCUCUUGCAAUGUAGAUGGGCUGAUGGUAUGGUUGGCCAGACAUGCUGUAGAUUAAAACGUGUUUGUGUAAUGUUUUUUUAAGUAAUUGUGAUAUUAAGAUGGUGAAUAAAUAAAUUAAAGUAAAAAAAAAGAA